AUGCUGCAAGAACAUUUCGACUAUAUUAAUAAGGAUGGUGUUUCUACAAAUAUCGGUCCUAAUGCUAGAGAAAUACUGCUGCAGUUGGCUGAAGAAGAAUUCAACAGAGGAAAUUUGGAAAACUCAAUUUUCCAUCAGAUCCGUUUACUUUACCAAUCCGCUCAGGAACGUUAUCGGCCAAUGCAUUUUAAAAAAGAUAAUUCAAAGUCUAAAACAAUAAAUGUUGAUGAGCUUCUGGCGCAAAUGAACGCCGAUGAGAAAGCUGAUUUGCCCAAUAAUGCUUUAAUACAGUACGCUUUGAAGACGUUUAAGGAAAAUCCGCAAGAAAAGGUGAACUCUUCCGAUCCUUGUGAUAUUUUCAGAGAUAUUUCCGAUCCAAGCGACGGUGUAAAGCAGAUACAGGAUAUAUGCAAGCAAAUGCCGGAAGAGUGGACUAUAUUGCAGCUCUGUAAAGGUUUUAAUACCUUGUCGACGUAUUCAAAAUAUUCAAAGAUCCAUGAAAGUGACGCGGCUAUUUACUUAACGAUCUUACGUCAUAUCCGCACAUGUGAUUAUCCAAAACCCAUAUGUUUACGUUUUACUGGUGUGGGUCAAAAGGAGCUGUUCAAUAAAUUUGCUUGUAUAGUUGAUCGUUUUAAACAAUGCGUUGAAGGAAAUCAUAAAAAAUGGAGCACGGUCGAAGAUAAAAAACAUUAUUGGAAAUUGUUGGGCGAACUGAAUAAUUUCAUAGCACUAGCAGUGGCUGAUUUAAAAAGUUUUCUCUUUCCCUGGAGUUUCCUAUUCACGGGGAUACCAAAUACGGUUUUUACUGCCGGUAAUAAUAUAUAUGAACUUUGGCGAAAUAUUGACACAUUUUGUGAUCAAUAUCAAUGGAACGAUCAAUCACGUGUCUUGUUGUCGUUGGCUGCUUUAAAUGCCCAUUCGUUGAUAAAUACGCAAAUUGAAGACGUUUGCACCUCUCUCACCGAUGACUCUAAGCAGCGAGCAAUGGCUUUCGAUUUAUUAGAACAGAUACGAGAACAACAGCAACUAAAAACUGCAGUCGUAGACCUUCCUAAGAAUGAUGAUAAUAGGUAUUUUCCCUGUGUACUUAUAGUAGAUGAGCGUUUAGAUCAUUUUUACUGGGAGGAAAUUAAUAUUUGCCAAGAGUUCACUCGCGCCAGCUCAUUCCAAAGCCUAUGGCGUUUGUAUUAUUAUUACCGAAAAAAUAUAGAACAUGGUUACGUCAAAGUAAGCAUCACGGAUGGUGCCUGUCUGAUAAAUCCAGACAAAAAUUUAUCCAAAAUGGAGCUGCGUAUGUCUACAUUUUUUGACUAUUGGUUACCACACUGGAAGAAAAUAGUUGCCCGAAAACCUACCAACGAGGAAUUCUUUAAAGAUCUUCUCGCUCGAAGCUGUUACGUAUACACUGGUCACGGUUCGGGACUCCAAUAUAUUAACGGUCGUAAUAUAUCUAAACAUGUUCUGCGUCCUGUCGUAUUUCUGUUUGGGUGUGAUUCGUGCCGUUUGCAUACAAAUGGAUUAUACAGCGAACUGAUAGGCGCCCAUUUGUAUUACCAAGCAGCCAUGUGUCCUGCUAUAGUCGGGACCAUAAUGCCUGGGCUUGAUGCAAAUAUGGAUAGGGUGGCUACCGAAAUUUUAAGUCGCUGGAUAGCACCUAAUUCUGCCAACAUAUUGCCAUGGAAUGAAGUCGAAAUGACAAGCUGGAUAAAGAAGGGCAUUAUCGAACCAGCUAUACACUCACCUAAAUGCAAUAAAAAUAGUCAAUCACCAUCGCCUGGUUCUUCAAAUAUGGGCAGCUUGUGUGCGGUUUUGGCACGCGUACAUCAACGCAACGGUGAGUCAAAACUUUAUAACACCGUACCGUACGUAUGUCGAGGCCUACCUGUUUGGAAUUGUCACGUCGAACCGUUAACUUUCAACUAAGGUGUGAAUUUGUUAUAGCAACUACUUGACCUUACCGUUGAAGUCGUUAAGCUGAACUGUUUAUAUUCCUGUUUAGUCCAAGGUAGGAUUUAGCAACAUUUGUAAGUCAAUGUAUACAUGAAACUUAAAUGCAAAAUACAAUUCCAUGAUUCCAUAUGUAGGUGAAGUUGCUUAUAAAACUGUUCCUGUUUGAAAAUGUGCUUUGAUGUUAACAUAAAAAUACUUUAUCACAAUCUUGAUAAGUCUUGAUUUAGAUUUAGAUUCAGAUCAUAAAAAUGGUUUGCUUUAAAGGGACCUUUGCAGGUUGAUAAUAGCUGCAAGGUGUUCCG